AUGGCCAUGGGAAAGAAGGUGGCGAGAGAGUCUCUGUUGCCCUGCGUGCGGGAGGAUGACGGCUCCGAGUCCGAGCAGGAGAAAGUGGAGCUGGGGGGCAUUGGGAGCCGCCUCCCCAGCAGACCCAGGAAGACAUACAGCAGGGGCAGUGUACGCAACCAGAAGGUGACCCGAUGUGAUGGCUCCCUCCUGGGCUCCUCAGACGGGGCCAGUGGGGAGGUGGAGGUGCUCUAUGGAGAUAGGCACCAGCAGGAGGAUGCUGAUGACGAGGAGGAGGCUGAUGAGGAGGAGGCUGAUGAGGAGGAGGAGGGUGAGGACAGGGGGGGCACAUCAAAUGCCAGGAAGGCCAGUGGCAUCACCUGUGGCAUGAUGAUGGAUGAAGACUACGACACAGACUUGGAUCUGGAAGAUGCAGCUGAGGUGGCGUACGACCCCACAGGUGAGGCUGGCUACAGGGAGGCGUGCAGGACCCUGAAGGUCAUACCUGCCUCUUUCUUCCUGAGGAACAUGCACGGCAGCGAGCUAAACAUGACUCACCACGGCCUAGGACCCCAGGGUACCAAAGCUCUCACAGUUCCCUUGGUAACCAAUAUCUCCGUGGUGAGGCUGAACCUGCGAGAUAAUUGGAUGGAGGCGCCGGGCGGGUCUGCAGUGGCAGAGCUGCUGAAGGAGAAUUGUUACAUCACAGAAAUCGACCUGUCAGAGAACAGACUGGGGGAUGGGGGUGCGGAGGCACUGUGCAGCAUGCUGCUGGAGAACAACACGCUGGCGUGCCUCAGGCUCUCGGCCAAUGAGCUCACAGACAGAGCUGCCAAACACCUGUCACUGGCCAUCAGCACCAAUCAGAGCCUGGAAAGCCUAGACCUCAGUCGGAACAAACUAGGAGAUCCAGCAGGGGAGGCCCUGGGUCAGGCGAUUGCAGACAACACAGGUCUCAAGGACCUCAACCUGGCCUGGAACUGCAUCCGAGGAAGGGGAGCCAUCGCGCUGGCCAAGGGCCUCGGGGCGAACAUAUUCCUGCGAAAGGUGGAUUUGUCCUACAAUGGUCUGGGGAGGGACGGAGCCACGGCCCUGGGAGACGCUCUGAGAGACAACAACACAUUGGAGGAGCUCGACAUCAGUAACAACCGCAUACCCCCUGAGGGGGCCAUCCGCUUUUCCAUUGGCCUUAAAGCGAACAAGACCAUCAGAAUCCUCAAGAUGGCAAGGAAUCCAAUGCAGUCGGCAGGGUGCUACGGGAUUUUGGCCUCAAUCCAAUCCAACACAGCUUCAAUAAUGGAGUAUUUGGAUUUCAGUGAUAUCACAGUGGAUCUGGAUUUUGACAAGCUGUACAACAACAUGAAAGAAACAUUCCCGAGUCUGCAGAUUAAGCAUGGGGGAAGAGUGAAUACUCACAAGACCCCUACCUAA